UGAUUGACUAACGUUAGCGAGUGGAUAACGUGUUGCCUGCAACUCAACUACACCAACGUCUGUUUUCUCUUGUUCUUUGGUAUUAGCUAACCUCACUAGCCACCAUUGAUUUGUGUCUGCUAGCUAGUAGCCGGAGCUACAGAUGUUGAGCUAGCUAACAGAAGCUAGCUUCACUAGCAUGAAUCAGCUAUGAAUGUGGUGACCACAUACUUCAGCACUGGUCUGUCAACAUUUAAAGAGCAAGCAUGAGCAGCCUGGAUCCAGACCAGCGUCUCCAUCCUAGUUGCCGUGACAAAACAACACUCUCUAGUGAUUCAUCAGACACUCGUGAGCUUGCCAAGCAGCCUCUCCAAGGUCUAAAAUUGGCAUCACAUGCAGUGCUGGAGAAGGCGCAGGAGAGGGGCAGGUUGAAAUGCACUAAAUGUGGAGGAUCAAGGAUGUUCUUCUGCUACACAUGCUGCUCAUUACUGGGUGUCAGCCUGCAAGAAAUCCCCUUAAUCAAGCUUCCUGUAAAGAUAGAUAUCAUCAAGCAUCCCAAUGAGACAGAUGGCAAGAGCACCGCAAUCCAUGCCAAGAUCCUUGCACCCAGCGACGUCACCAUAUACACUUACCCCUGCAUACCAGACUAUGAAAAGGACAAGGUGGUGUUGGUGUUCCCUGGUCCAGAGGCCGUCUCAGUUCAAGACAUGAUGCAGCAUUUGCAUGACAUGACCGACAGCAGGUCACGUGGCUCCUCUUUUGAGCCCUGCGUAAAGAGGCUGAAAAGUGAGGAAGUUCAAGGCGCCGCACACAACGCCGAGGACCCGGAGUCAGGGACCCCAGAUGAAACAGAGGUCUCGGAGUCAAGGGUGCAUCCCCUACAGAGGGUGGUCUUCAUUGACAGCACAUGGAACCAGACCAACAAGAUCAGCACAGACGAGAGACUGCAAGAUUUGCUCCGGGUAGAGCUGAAGAUGAGGAAAACAUGUUUCUGGCGCCGCCAGAAGGGCAAACCGGACACCUACCUGGCUACCAUCGAGGCUAUUUAUUAUUUCCUCAAGGACUUCCACGAGCUUUGCCUCGCUCAGGAGUACGACGGAGAAUAUGACAACCUUCUCUUCUUCUACUCCUACCUGCACUCGGUUGUCAACAAAGCCAAGACUUCUGCUGGAAAAUGUUAAGAGGGAAAAACUGAAAUCAGCUACAAGAGACUAAUGAACUGUAGCUGAGGAGCAGAUUCUUGAGUGGUAUUUUAUUUUGUAAGGGAUACUAUUUGUUUAAGAAUAUACAAUAAAACGCAACAAGUUUACAAUUGCCAAACAUGAAUGAGGUGUGUUUUAUACAUGAGUAAAUACAAAACAUACAUAUACAGUAUAGCUCUGAAAUCUACUGUUGCAACAAACCGCUUAAUAGCAAUCUAAAAAAAAAAA